AUGGAACUAUCACCAUCAACACAAACUGCCACCCUUACAUAUCUCAAGCGCGAUGUACAAUUUAGCAGUCAACAAGGCCUUAGGCCAUACCGCUUGAUAGGUGUACGACCGACAUCCGAAGUCCCCGCAACAAACAUGCAAUUCGAGCAAUAUCAGAUGCCCAUUACGGAUUUGCGGCGGUUUGAUCAAUCCUCCUUCCGGGACAGUGGGUGGGCAUCUACUUCACAUACAGAUGAUGAAAGCCCAGGACUUGUUUCGAAUCAUAUGCCUCAAAACGAAGAUAGAGGUGACGGUACGAUUUCAAUGACGGCCAAUCAUGACCAAGUCAAGGAAUACUGCAGACAAAUGUCGAAUAGACUACAGGAGGAGCUUGGGGCAGAGAAGACAUUCCUUUACGAGUUCAGAUUUCGAUCUAACUCCCUUCCAUCCGGCCACGGUACUCUCGACAGCAAACAAGCGUACUCGCCCGAGCUAUCGGUGGCUGAGAGGUUCCCUGGAAAUCCAGCUCAAGUGUAUUUGGAGAAGUUUCAACACAACCUCUCACGACUUGCCGCUAGCACUCUGUAUACCUGA